CGCCGACGCCGCUCCCGCCAAAAUCGUAAGACUUAAAAAAUCGAGAGCGAGACGCGGGGAGGUCGCAGCUGGCAAGAUGACCACAGAGGAGAACUCCCAGGAUAUUUUGAGGCUCCAGUUCAAGGCGAUGCAGGAGCUACAGCAUCGCAGGCUACAGAAGCAGAUGGAGAAAAAGAAGGAAAAGGAGAUGAGCCAUCAAAGCCCAGCAGAGGAUCCAAAAGAGACCUUGGAGAUCCCGGAUGGCCUCAGCUUCCUCCAAACAGACGAGCAGAAUCUCAAGAGCAUCUUUGAACAGAGGGUGUUGGAAGAUGAGAUCCAGCAGCUGCGGGAGGAGCUCAGGGAGGCGGUGGACGAGAACGGACGACUGUACAAGCUGCUGAAAGAGAGGGACUUUGAGAUUCAGCACCUCAAAAAGAAAAUUGAAGAGGACAGAUUGGCCCUCACAGGGACUUCCAGUAUGGCUGGAGAUGUGGUUGCCACCAAAAUCAUUGAGCUGUCCAAAAAGAACCGGGUGCUGAUGGCAGAGUCUGAAGGAGCGAAGACCCGGGUGAAGCAGCUGAGUGGCCGCAUCCAGGAGCUGGAGCGGGAGCUGCUGGCAGCCCGGGCCCAGCUGCCAACCAAGAAGACAAAGGAGGAAGAUGCCAAGCCAUUGAAGGCCCAGCCACAACUAGAGACUCCAGAGGUCAAGGCACUGCAGGAAAAGCUGGCUGCCACCAACCUGAAGAUGAGCGAACUGCGGAACCAAAUCCAGUCCAUGAGGCAGGAGCUGCGGAUGACCCAGAAGGUUCUGGUCAGCGAAGUUGGCGAGGACGUCAACAUUCAACAGCUCCUGUGGUCGCCCGGGGCCUGGCGGGGCCGGGCCCAGCAGAUCCUUGUUCUGCAGGGCAAGGUCCGAGAGCUGGAGAAGCAGCUGGGGCAGACGCAGGGCAGGUCUACGGAGACGGCCAGCGAGGCGCCCCCCAACUACCAAGACAGGAAGAAGCUGUCGGCACAGGACAAAAACCUGCUGAGGAUCCGCAGCCUGGAAAGGGAGAAGCAGGAGAGCUGGGAGAAGCUCGCAGGUGAACGCGAUGCCCUCCAGCGGGAGCUGGAGGAACUGAAGAAGAAGCUGGAGGCCAUGAAAUCGCGCAACAAGGUGCUGUCGAACGAAGUAAAGACGCUCAAGAGCCAGAUGGCGACCCUGGUGGAAAAGGGCAAACAUGACGACGAACUCAUCGACGCGCUCAUGGAGCAGCUGAAGCAGUUACAAGAGAUCUUGGGCAGCCUGAGCCUCCAGGAGGAGAAACUGCGCAAGUCCCAGCACACCGAGGACCAGAGGGCCAACAGCGAGGCGCAGCGGAGCAGCAGCCUCGUGGCCCAGCUGCGGGCCAUGGUGGCCGAGCGGGAAGACAAGGUGCGGCAGCUGGAGCUGGAGAUCGGCCAGCUGAGCAAGCAGUAUCCUCGGAAUAAAGGCCUGGGCGAGGGAGCCGGUGGUCCUGAGGUCAGCCUUGCCCACACCAGGGUCUCGGAGGACCAGGGCUUCAGCAAGUGUCCGGGCUCCUCGGGCGAUCAUGCCGGCCGGUUGGGAUCUUCCCGCUCUGUGUCCAGCCUCGGCCACACACUGGUGGAAUCGGCGCUCACCAGGCCCUCCCUGCCCAGCCCUCACCAGACCUCGCCCAGGUUCUCAGACUCCCCAGAGCACAAAGGCUGGCAGGCCCAGGUGGCAGAGAUCAAGGCCCUGUGGCAGGCCACCGAAGUGGAGCGCGAUCGGCUCCAGGAGUUUGUGACCGUCCUGCAGAAACGGGUGGAGGAGAGCAGCAGCAGACUCCUGGAGGCUGAGCGGAGGCUCCAGGAGGAGAGGCAACGCGCCGUGGUCCUGGAGCAGAGGCUGGAGAAGAACCGCCUGGAGUCCGGCCGGACCUCGCAGAAAGCCUCCAGGAACAAAGCAGGUGCACCUUCCUCCACCACCAAACACAAUCCAGCUAGCAGAGAGAGGAAAGACCUGUCUUCUGCCACCGAGCUCUCGGAUGUACCUGCGGAAUCCCAGGUCCAGGAACUGACCACUAGGCUGGCCAUCCUGGCAGAGGAGAACGAGAUGCUGAGGGCGGCGCUGGGCAGCGCCCUACGGGGCAAGGAGGAGGACUUCCGCGUGUACCACGAGACGCUGGGCCAGGUCAAGGGCGUCUUCCUGCAGGCCCUGAGGCAGCAGAAGGCCGAGAGGAGCUAG